GCAUCCCACCUGAUUAUCCAACGCAUAACCUGAGACAACUGGAAGCACAUUUGACUGUUGCACACAGCUGACAACAACGGGAAGAAGAUGAACCGCCUCGGGGACAUGAUGAUCAAGCUAUUUUCUCUCUCCGUCUUCAUCGUCCUGCUCUUAGAGUGCCGUGCAGAGCCGGUGGCUUCAAUCGCUACUGAAGGUGAUGCCUCUGGCGAUUUUUCUCCCCGCCAGAUAUUCCCAGAGAAUCUUUGCUCUCGCAAGGGAGGAAUAUGUGGCCUCGAAUCCUUCUGCCCGCCUAAGGAUCAGUUCGCAGAGAAAGGACUUUGUCCUAAACAGCAGAACAAAGGAGUGGAAUGCUGUAAGACAGUGCCCCUGAACAUCAAAAACUGCCAAAAGCGGGGUGGAGAGUGUAUGUCCAAAGAUCAGUGCGGACGCGCCCCAAAGGAGCCACUUGGUGAAUGUCCCGCUAAUCAAGUCUGCUGCGUUAUGCUGAUGUAAAGACUACGACGGAUUGUGAACACAUCAUCACCAAAGGUUAAUGACUGGGCGAAACUCCAAUGAGAGAGAGAGAGAGAGAGAGAGAGAGAGAGAGAGAGAGAGAGAGAGGAGAGGAAACAUUACAAAACGUCAGCAAUUUGGUUGAGUGGUAACAUUCUUAUCUGCAUCCCGCCUGUGAUCCCUUUUCCUAACAUUACCCUCACACUAGAGCUUUCUUGCGUCUAUUUGCCAGCUGACAUAGCCAUCAAUUUUUGAUACACUAGAAUAUACAAUUUAAGCCGAAGGCCAAACAGGUCAUUCAGCACUGAAAGAAAAAUUGCGAGUCAGCGGUUUGAAAGGCGUAACAGGAGGAAAACCUCGAUGUUGCACUAAGAAACAAAGACGGAAGCAAGAAUAUGAAUGGAGUUACAGUAAAUGGAAUAGAAAGGGUCGCAGCUCGGUACCAAUAAGGAUGCUGCAAAGAACCUUAAGUAAUGGCUACAAUGCACAAUGUGAGGUGCACUGACGGGAACAACCUUCUACGGCGAUCAAUUGUUGAUGGUUUUGUCUGAUGAUAAAUAUUGUAAGAACUUAUUACCAAAAAUUAUUGCCUAAAUAAAUGCAAAUUUGUUAUAUGUACUGUCUUGUAUGUGUUGUUUUUGAAAUAAAAUUCAUACAAUUGUCGA